AUGGGGGCCGGGAUUGGAAUUCAAUUGCAAACACUAGAAGGAACUACACUGAGCCAAGCAAUAAGACUAGAGUUCAGCGCGACCAACAAUGAGGUAGAAUACGAGGCGCUGAUAGCCGGGUUGAAGUUGGCUAAGGAAUUGAAGAUCAAGAAUCUGAUGGCUUAUAGUGACUCGCAACUAGUCAUUCAACAAGUCAAUGGGGACUAUGGAGCCAAGGAUGAGACUAUGGAAGUAUACCGUACUGCGGUUCUGCGUAAGGCGAAAGCCUUUAAUCAGAUCAGGUUUAUCCAGUUGCCGAGAGAGUAUAACGAAGAUGCCAUUCGCUUGGCUUGUAGCGCAUCUAGUUCUGGAGAUACUUUAGCUAGGGUCAUCCCGGUCGACAUACUGAUCCAACCUUCCAUUUUUGAGGAACUGCCUGAUCCGAGCACUCAACAUGUUAAUGUCAUACCAUAUGAGCCAAGCUGGAUUGAUCCAGUCAUGGACUACAUACGCAGUGAUACUCUCCCCGAGAGUAAGGACGAGGCAAGACGAAUCAGGUCCAGCGCAGCAAAGUAUGCCAUUGUGCGCGGUCAGUUAUAUAGACGCUCCUUCUCGGGUCCAUAUUUGAAGUGUGCUACCCCUACAAAAGCUAGACAGAUUAUACGAACCAUUCACGAGGGAGUAUGCGGAAAUCACUCCGGAGGAAGAUCUUUAGCACACAAAGCAAUGACACAGGGGAUGGACGUGGUUGGCCCUUUGCCGACUGCAAGAUCGCAGAAUAAGUACGUUCUGCUAGCUACUGAUUACUUCACCAAAUGGGUAGAAGCGGAGCCAUACCCUAGUGUCACCCAAACUCAAGUAAGACGCUUCAUCUGGAAUAAUAUUAUCUGCCGUUUUGGCAUACCAAGGUCAAUCGUGAUGGACAAUGGAACCGACCUCGAUAGCAAGCAAGUGAGAGAGCUGCUAGAGGAAUAUGGAAUCAAUCAAAAGUUAGCAGCAGUCAGUCAUCCUCAGGCUAAUGGUCAAGCCGAAAUCACAAAUAGGACAAUAUUUGCUUGUAUCAAGAAGAAGCUGGAGAAUGAAAAAGGCAAAUGGUUGGAUGAGCUACCGAACGUCUUGUAG